AUGAUGGACAGACCAGGAAUGAGAGAUGACGAGGCAAAUAACGAUCCGUUAUCGAUAAACGAUGCCGACCGCCCAGCUGACCGCCUCCCCGGUCCCCGUCAUGACUGCAACCCAACUUGGCAACUCCCACUUCUCCUCUCUUCCUCACCGCGCUUCGGGAUUCUGAACACUCAUUUAUCCUUUGCGUGGUUCUACUCCCCAGAUCGCUGCUAUGGCGUCACGGAAGAAGGUUCUCCUCAAGGUACGUUCUCCGCACUCGAGCUCCGGAUCACCCUGAGCCUCCUCAACGCUGCCGACAUGCUAACUAGGCAUCCCGAUGGAUUUAGCCUCGCCCCCUCCGGCCUCGUGACCUAUCCGCCGUCAUCGCUAACAUGCACCGCCCCCAAACAGGUCAACAAGAAAUUCAGUGGAAGCUAUAAAGCGACGAUUGGAGCCGACUUCCUCACCAAGGAAGUCCUGGUGGACGACCGGCUCGUGACGAUGCAGAUCUGGGAUACCGCUGGUCAAGAGCGGUUCCAGUCACUCGGCGUUGCGUUCUAUCGCGGAGCGGAUUGCUGUGUCCUCGUCUACGAUGUCAACAACUCCAAGAGCUUUGAGGCGCUGGAUAGCUGGCGAGAUGAGUUUUUGAUCCAAGCAAGUCCGAGGGAUCCUGAGAGUUUCCCUUUCGUCGUCAUUGGCAACAAGAUCGAUGUGGAGGAGAGCAAGCGAAUGAUCUCGUCGAAACGAGCCAUGACGUUCUGCCAGUCCAAGGGCAACAUCCCCUACUUUGAGACCAGUGCCAAGGAGGCUGUGAACGUGGAGCAGGCGUUUGAAGUCAUUGCCCGGAGUGCGCUCGCACAGGAAGAAGCGGAGGAGUUCAGCGGCGAGUUCAGCGACCCGAUCAACAUCCACCUGGACAAUGACCGCGACGGCUGUGCCUGUUAA